CCUAACUCGCAUUCAAUGGUGCCCGUUCAAGUCAGACUACUUCCCGCUUCUACAAAUGGUGGUCCCCAACCCCAACCCCAUCAAAGCGGAUCACCGACUUCCAGCAACUACUAUCAACUAAACGGCAACCAGACGCAAGGCGCCUUGCAACAGCUCCAGCAAAACCUCACGAAUGUUUUGAAAUCUAAGCAACAGUCCGGGGAAGUGCAAGGUACAAGUACUUCGCGACAGAAUUUGCAGUCACCAGAAGUAAUGGCAUCACAAUCGGGGAGAUCACAACGUAGUCAAGAAGGUUGGAACGCUCCGCUGCAGGCCAAACCCGGUCAGUGCAAGAACGUUAUUGAUUCCGUGAAUCAGCAUCAGGGGUCCUUUGAAAAUCCGUCUGUUCCUAGGUCAAAGAAAAAUCACACCUUAUGCAACGGCAGUGACAGCUGUCCUGCGCCUUCUUCGUCAACAUUAGCGUUGCUUCAAGACGAGAUCCAACCACUGUCGACGAAUCAGCACGUUGACUUUCGUCCUCCCACGUCCAAUUCAUCCAGUAUACUUUUCGGAGAAUGGAACGAUGACGACUUUGCUACAGAUUUCAUGAUGAAUGAUGUUUUUCAUUCUGAAAUCCAUGUGCGACUUUCGGAACGUACGAACCAACAGCAACGAAAACAUCAGCAUGAGCCUGGCUCAAAAAAAAGUAUCACGGUAGAAAAGGUAAGAAAUGAACGAAAGCGACAAUGAUGAUUUAAAAUUUACUUUUCAGACGAGAACGAAUCUGAUCCUAUGUGUAUGUACGUGUGACACACACACGCAUACAUACUCUCUCUCACACACACUCACAUAAGUCCACACCUGACCUGAUUGUGACUCAGCAAAAACCAUUAGUUGUGCAGCAUGCUCAGCAACCGAUACACAUCGUGAGCAAAGAAUCGGGAAAUUGCUCAAAAAAAAAUUCUCAAGUCCUUCAUCAUCCUUUGAAGCUCAUAGAGACGCCUAUAGCAGAUACAAGAAACCAAAAACCAACGAAGAAAAUAAUAGGAUCCAAGAGGAACGCUUCGGCGGUCUCACCAAAGCCUAGGCAACGACGAAAGAUGUCGUCCGGACGAAAAACCAAGCUUCCAUUGUCUGAAAAAGAACAACCAAUCGAGCAACAGAUAAUGAAACUACCAUCUGUUGUAUUUGCUCCUUCUCUUUUGGCAAGAAUCGUUGCAAACGAUACGAUGCGCCGCCCAGCCAAUUCCAACACUAACCAGGGAUAUUCCGCUCCGGCGGUGUUCAAAAGUAUCGAAGUUUGCAAUCCAACACGCGAAGUAGACCACGAAAAUGACACUGGCCCAUGCAUAUCCCCCCAUGAAGCAUUCAGUGCGAUUUUGAGGGAUCGGGGCCUAGGCGAAGACAAUUUCCUAAAAUUGGAUGCAGCCGAAUACGAUCUGGUUCCUUCGCCACUACAAUUAGCAUCUUACGGUAGCUCUUUAGUGAGGGCCGUUCAAUCCUCAGAUACCACCCUCCUUUCAAAACUGCUGAACUGUGGCUUGUCACCGAAUCCAUGCAACCAGUUUCGUGACAGCGUCCUUGGCGAUUUAGUAUGCAAGCAGGGAAACAUCCCCAUUUACCACUGCCUCGUGCUGGAAUUCAAAGCUGAUAUACAUGACUUUGAUGGCCUCGGUAGGACACUUUUACACCACUGCUGCUGGGCACAGAAAUUCUGUCGACCCAUUGUAGAGGACAUUUUGAAGCGCGAUCCCAUCCAGAUCUUUUUGAAGGACAAACAGGGAAAGUCUUCAUUGGAUUAUGUUCGAACCGAGAAUUGGGGGACAUGGAAUCAGUUCCUUAGGGAGGUGGCCGACAGAUAUUGGCCGAGGGACCGUCCUCUGCCCCGUUUGUCUGCUUUCAGAAAAAAUCGAAGGGAUCCCAACGGGGCUAAUCGAGUUCCUCCCGAGCCAAUGUCCAUUGCCUUGGCUUCCGACCUAGCAUCGGGAAUCAUCCCCCCCGAAGCAGUAGCAGCUAUGAGCAAGAAAACUCGAGAAACCUAUGGGGUCAAAAAAGUGACCGAUUAACUGGUCAGGGCAGAGCACUUAUGCUUCAAGGACAAAGAAUGAGUACAACUUAGAUUCUCUGUCGCCCCUCGCGGAAAAUAUGGUAAUUACCUACACGAUAAGAAUGCAAACGCGAAGUGCGAUGUAUGGAUAUGUAUUUUAUUUCUCCAAACAUGAAAACUUUUCCUAUGUACAGUCACGAAAUUUUGCACCACAAGCACCAACAAUUUUUCUUACUGUUGAGACACCAAAUAAUCUACCAACUCGAAUAGACAUAGUGUCAUCUU